GCGGUGGGUAUGUCUUUAAUAUCUUCUACGUCCUCAGAGCUUUCAGGAGCUGGAAUUCAAGAUAGCAAAGUCACUUGUGAUUAGCUUCAACCACCAGGAGACGUCGAUCAGAUGACGAUCUACGGUAACAUAAUUCACCCCAUGCACCCGGACCAUGUCCUCAAGCUAGAGCAGGAGGAGACACCUUACACUUGCAAUGGCUGUGGGGAACUGGGAUUCAACUCUCGAUAUACAUGCGAAGAAAAGUCAUGCAACUUUCAUCUCCACAAGGACUGUGCCACCCCUGAGGACAUCAUCACCCAUCCUUUCUUCCCGGGAUGCUCCUUCCAUUUCCUCCAAUCAGGCGAGCCAGAUCGAUUCUGUGAUGCAUGUGGAAGGGACAUCAAAGGCUUUGUCUACCAUUGCUUUGAUAAAAAAUGGGACCUGCAUCCAAGCUGUGCAUCCCUUCCACAUGUCAUGGAGGAGGCUGAAGUAAAGCUGGUCCUCCACCGGAAGGUAUCGUCAAAAUGCUGCCGAUGUCGGAAGAAAGAGCUCAGGAAGGGAGCCCGAAGCUGGUCUUAUGUAUCGACAUGCAAGGAGUGCCAUCUCCAUGUGGCCUGUGUGAAGGAGAUCCUACUUGAGAACUGGGAGAAUGAGCACCUUGGUGAUGGCAGGAGAGAGGUCAAAGCAGAGACGAAGGACAGUCUAGUACUGAAGAGCACAGCGCCUAAGCUCCAAAUUGUUCUUGAGAAGAAAAGGAGCAAGUCGGGGAAGUUUGCAAAGUUCAAAAAAAUAGCGAAGAUCGCAAUUACUUUUAUCAUGGCUGCAGUAGUUGGAGACCCCACAGCUCUGGUUGCAGGUCUGAUUGCAUCCCUCAUUGCACAUUGAUUUUUUUUUA